CCCCCCCCCCCCCCCACACCCCCGAAGAGGAAGGAUGUGAGAUGCAUUGAAGUGCAUUUAAAUGCAAGUUUUGGUAGCGGUAGCUGUUUCCGCGUGUGACCAGUGAGUGAACUUGGCUGAGUGCAGCAGGGGGAGAGAGCGUGAAUAGAAGGUCUUUUGACCCAAGGCCCGGCCUUCACUAGAGAGGUUCUCGCAGUACUGAUCAGCAUUCUGGAUGAAACAGACACUUAGUGGCCGGGCCAGGACAGUGGAGUUCGCUUCCUAGUGGGAUUGGACACGGAAAGUUUGGACACCGGGCUGGAUUUUUUUUCCAUCGUACGAAGGUCAGCAUUAAGCUUUCACUAUGUCUGAUGGAGACUAUGAUUACCUCAUCAAAUUUCUAGCACUCGGUGAUUCGGGAGUAGGAAAAACCAGCUUCCUCUAUCAAUACACAGAUGCCAAAUUCAACUCCAAGUUCAUCACAACAGUUGGCAUAGACUUCAGAGAAAAAAGAGUGGUUUAUAAGCCCAGUGGCCCAGAUGGUAAUACAGGGAGGGGACAGAGGAUACACCUUCAGCUGUGGGACACAGCUGGUCAGGAGAGGUUCCGUAGCCUAACGACUGCUUUCUUUAGAGAUGCUAUGGGUUUUCUUUUGAUAUUUGACUUGACAAAUGAGCAAAGCUUCCUCAAUGUCAGAAACUGGAUAAGCCAGCUUCAGUUGCAUGCAUACUGUGAAAACCCAGACAUUGUAUUAUGCGGCAAUAAAUGUGAUUUAGAGGAUCAGAGGGCUGUAAAAGAAGAAGCAGCCAGGGAGUUGGCAGAGAAAUAUGGAGUACCCUACUUUGAAACAAGUGCAGCAACGGCAUCCAAUGUGAAUAAGGCGGUGGAAACUCUGUUGGAGCUCAUCAUGAAGCGCAUGGAACGGUGCGUGGACAAAUCUUGGAUACCUGAAGGGGUUGUAAGGUCCAAUGGCCACAGCUCCACUGAACACCUAAAUGCAGAGGACCCGGAUAAAAGCAAAUGUGCUUGCUAGAUUGACCUAUGGGGAAACCUUUUUGUUAAUAAUUGAGCUAAACACUUUUUUUCUUAAACCAACUGCAUGCUGUCCCCCUCAAAACUAAUAUUUUGGUAUAAUGAGAACAAAAUGGACUAAUUACUUAUUUGCCAACCAUCUAAAAGAAAAAUGCAAGAGGUCACUGAUGUCUUGUGUGAAUUAUUCUGUACUCUUCUGUUACUGCAGGAAGUCAGGGCAGGCUGAGUAUCAGCAGUAGUUUUAUUAUGGGCUGUUACAAGAUCUUGCAAAUAUGAGUAACAGAUAAGCCAUCUUUGGCUGUUGAACUUCAUAAAAUUAAUGAGUAUAAUAUGGACCCCAAAAUGGUAAGAAUCAACAGCCAAAAUCGAAUCAAACGCCCAAUGCACAAUCUUUGCUCAUACAGCCCACGUUUUACAUGGGUCUUCAUGGUACAUCAUAUGUUUAUAGUCUCCUUUCUUCUCCCUUUUUAAAACAUUGGGGUUUCUUCUGAAAGUCCAGCUUCCUCACUUGGUGGCUGAUUCAUUUUUUAUGGUUUCAGCGCCAACUUCUGAAUCUUGUGACUUAGAGCAAAACAUACGUUGACACACAAAUAGUGUAUUAGGAUUUCUUUUUUUUUGAAAAUUUGUUUAACUUCAUUACAGGUAUGUGCCGAAACUAUUACUGGUGCAUUGCCAAGUUUUUACACUGGAGUGAUGCCAAAUUGUCUAAAACCUGCCAAAUACAUAAUUGAAAGAUUAGGACUUUAUUUAAUGAACUCCUCUUAUUCGAUGAAAACAUUAUUUCCCUUUUUUUUUAAAUAAACUUUUUAUUUGCUGAGGUAUUUGAGUUGAUUUGAUACAUUUUGGGUUACUGAAAUGAAGGUCAGCGAGCACUUUAGCAAAUGACUCAGAGGAGCAUGAAUCAGUGUGACAAAUCAAUAUGUACUGCAGUUCAGAAUUUCAGAAAUACUAAAUUGUUUCCAUUGCAUUAAAAGAUUCUGGAAUGUAGAUGUAAUUAGAUUUGAUACAAAUUAUUGUAUUUUUCUCAAUGUAUCAGUUUACAAUACUGUUUUAAAGAAAAGUCGUGUUCUGAAAAUAUGUUCAGAAUAUCCUUUCUAAUAAAAUAAAAUCCCCUCUA